CUUGAACCACAGCCUUUCAUUUAGGCGCUCCAUCCGUUCAGAUGGUGAGAUAGUGUCAGCCAGCCUAACUCGGAUUGAUUCCUUCUCGUGUACAAAGCACAUAAAUAUGGCGGCUCCACCGUACAUGUUUGGGCUCAUUGACCAUUGUUCUCUCGCCUAACCUUGAAAAGUUGGUUCCGAUGCAGGGAGGGAUCACUUACAUUCAGAUCUACUUUGUGUGAUUUGACCAACAUCAUGUCUACUGUGAAUGUUGUCAAGGAUUACUUCUACAGGGGAUUUACCCCAAAGACGGAAGAACGAGCUCGGCAAUUGAUCGCUUUGGCGUACCAGACCGCGAGAGAUCAGAAGCUCUAUCCCAGGGCAAUUCUCAUCAGAUCCGAGAUUCACAAGACAACCUCCAUGAGUGGGAUGCAUCAGGUGGAUCCAUUGGGAUAUCAUAUCACGCUCUGUUUCAAGGAUGAGCAACAGCUUCUUCGUGGUACCCACGUGUCUAGUCAUGGCUAUGUUCGGGACCAGGAUAACUUGGAAUUCAUCCAAGCGACACAUACAGAAGAGAAGUCCGAUAAUACAAAGAGACAGAGAGGGAAAAGGAUGUGUGGCCAUCAGAAGAUAUGCUUAUUCAGGCACCAGACAUUGGCUACAGCCACUUGCCACCAAACUAGAGCAUAGAAGCUUGUGGAAUCGUUCAUAGGAUUGCCAUUCUUUCAGGAAGGGGUAUCUUACCAUACCAACUAUGAAAGGCAGCACGAAGGAUUGUCAAUACAACAGGGAGAUUUGACCAGAAGGUGAUAAUUUAUAUAGACUGGUUGACUGUCUAACAUAUUAUCGCUCUCUUUAAGCUGGCAUCACAACCCAUUCGAAAGGAGACAUUAGGCCAAAUGUACAGAAUUAUGCAUCAUGUUAUCGUGAACCAAAACUUGGCAUUUGAACAUAUUGUAGUUGCG